UCUUCCUCCGCCGGCGUGGCUCUUCAUCUUCUGCAGAUGCAGCAACAGCAACAUCAGGAGCAACAGCAUCCCUUCGCGUACAUCUUCCUCGGCCGCCUCACGUGGUAUCUUCUCAGCAUCGUCGACGUCGUGCAGCUCAGAGCCACCUGCACAUGGCUCAGGGGUCUCUUCGGAGCGCCCCAGCUGAGAGAUCGGCUCCGCCACUCUGUCGGCUCACAGGCGGGGCCGCGGCGGGCGGUGAAUGGGCAGCAGGUGCAGCUGCUGCGGUUCGACGACGACCAGUUCGGCGUGCGGGAUCUGCUGGCGGCUGUGUGUGUGAUGGAGGAGGGGAGCUGGGUGGAGAUCGGUGUGGUCAUUGAGCUGGCGGGGCAGUGCGGCUACUGUGAGCUGCCUGUCAUCCUCACAUCCGAUGACAUCAACACACACGCCAACAAAACGGUGAGCCAGCAAACAGAGGGGCGGGGAGGGGACAGUGAGGCCUCAUUCCCUCUCUCCCUGUGUGUGUGUAGGCGUAUAUGUCGGCUCCGCGUGUGUUUGCACAGCUCAUGGUGGUUGGCCGCCACGUCAAGUUCAGUGACAACAGCUGCCUGCAGAUCUUCCGCCAUGCCAAUGGUGAGGUGCGGGCUAUCAAGGACGAGCCCGGGUUCCAGCUGGACAUCGACCCGCCCCUCCUCGUCGGCCAUCUGUAUCAGCGGAACCGACUAGAGCAUGACCCGCCAGUGCGCAGCGGCAUCAACUACAAUGGCGGCAGAUGGGUGUCGAGCUUCAUCCCGUUCGAGUAUCCGUCGAUGUCAUCGUUUGCCAAGCGUGUGAUCCUCCGCCACUUCCCUCAGACUCACCAGAUCAAUAGCACAUUGACUACACUCCACAGGUACCAACCACAUCUACGGCACCAAUGGGCGAGAGCGGUGCGUGUCUGAUUGUGUGUGUGUGUGUGUGUUUGGUUGGUUUAGGCGUGUUGGUGGCGGCCGUCUGGAUGGCCUCCUCACCCAGUCGCCCCACACACCGGUGGCCGGAUGCACCAUCACAUUCAGCCGGGACGGUCGUGUGCGAUGGCUGGUGCUCACCAACAGCAGCCACACCUUCGUGGCAUGGAUUCUCAUUGAGGAUCAGACCGAUAAUGGUCAGGCCGACAGACAGGCAGCUCUGGUCGUGAUCGAAUGCCAUGUGAUGGUCUCUCUGUCAUUGUCUGCAGCGUGGGUUGACGUCGUGACGACCGAGGUGCCCCUGGCGGGUGUCAGUGAGAAUGCGCCUUUCAAGGACCGCUUCCUCGUCACCACUCAGCUGGCCCGUGUGGCGUUGGGGGCGGUGGCGCCAUACGUCUUCGACGGACAAGUACAGCAGCAGCAACAGGAUGACGAUAGCGACGAUGGUAUGCACACACACACAUUGGUGGACGGAUGGACGAUGUUCCUUCACUUCUGUGUGGUGCAGACGGCCAUGGUGGUGGCUGGGAUGAUAUGGACGACGACAGCGAGGGCGAGGACAGCGGAGGUACGCAGCCACACACAGCACACGCAUACCCGCACGUCGGCCUGCGUCACAUUCAGGUGUGUGUGUGUGUGUGUGUCCUGUGCACUCGACAGGUGAGGAUGCCGCAGCUGAGGAGGAGAGCGGCGACUGAUCGAUCCAUCAGUCAGUACCGGUGGCUGAGUGUGGGUGUCUGCCGUCAGGAGGGUAUCUUUAGCUGCUGGCUUUCGUCAUUCAUCUCUGUAGCCAAUCUGCUCACUCUGUCGACCAGCUGCUCAUUGAUGUGUCACUUACCGAAUGUCUGGCAUGGCUCUGAUGCUUGCGUGAGUCGGUCUAUGGCUUCGCCUUCUUCUCCGUGGGUCUCUCUUCUCAGCUAUGUGUGGCCCUCUCCCUCCCUCCCUCGCUUCGUCUCUAUCUGUGUCUGUCUGUCGGUGUGGUUCGAUUCGCUGCUGGCCGAUUUUGAUGUGAUGCUCCGGCCGGUGUGUGGCUUUGGUUGGUUGCCUGGCUGACUCACCUGCCUGCCUGCCAUAACUCUCUCGAGAUGACUGUGUGAUGGAGUGUGUCUCUCGGCGUGUGCACACGAUGGCCGUGAAGUGACAUGUGUUCAUGUGGUUGUUCAGAUCUUUCCUGUCAACGACUGUUAAGUGAUCGCAGAGUGAGCUCU